CAACAAACGGCCGAUAAUGUUACACAACGCCUCAAUUGACAGAGCCUUUGUCAGUAACACGGCAGGCAAUGCAUCGUGGACAAUACCAAGGAUAAUAUGAACCUGCGCGUCGAUCCACCCGGGCACCUACACCCUCGCUUCUUCCGCUGAAUUCCAAUCUAAGCCGAGCCGAGCAGCGCAUCGCAGCCACCUCCCACUCGUCCCCUUGGACAUUCUAUUCCCCCGUCUGCGCGCGCAAACUGUAAUAAUGCCGGUAUACCUCCUUUAUGGCUUCCGCUGGCCGCGCGCCGGCUUCACAGGCAUUCGGGUCUACAUCGUCCUCAACAACCUAGAGAACGCAACGGCUGAAUACCUGCAGCAACCGGAAACCACACGCCUGCUCCUCGAAUCGUUCAAGAAGAACGAACCCGAUAUCAUGGCGAGACUGCCAGAAGUGCGAUUCAUCGAGCAAUACGACCCCGAAGACAUCUCGAGCGAGGCUGCGGUUAGCCAGCCGUACGCCUAUGUUGCGGCGAGAGUGAUUGAGAUGCCGGACCCCAGCACACCCGGGAACAACAUUUGCUGGGAUGUGGAGGAACUCAACAAGGAUCCUGGGCUAUCGGAGGAGGCAUCGAUCGCAGUAACGGAGUUUCGAGAUAAAUAUGCCGCGGGGGAAAAGCUUGGGUGGUAUAUUGUGUAUAAUGGGGAUCCGGAGAGGUAUUAUCCUGAGACGGAUGAAGAGACCAUUGAAGACGAUGAUGAGGACGUGAUGGACAAGGAGUAUACAAGUAAUGAUAUUGACUCCAAUAAUAACUUCGGAGAACCGGAAAGGCCUAAGACUUCUUCGGGGUCACGAUUCUCGAACAAAAUCACGAGGCUGUUCAAGAAAAAUAGCAAUUCUACUUCAUGAGAAUUCAAAAUGUCAUGCUGGCACGGAUCCACUAUGUUACAAUUUCCUUUGUUCUACCCUGGUCACUUUUUCGUUUUCUAGUCUUUCAAUCUAAUACCAAAGCCAAAUAUCUUAUUCCAAAAAAGCAAGCAGCCAAAGUUUCUGCAUCAUGGCAUUUGAGCGCAAACUCAAUAAAUUUCACAAAUAUAGCAUAGACAGGCAGCUUCCCCACAGUACUCUU